GCGUUGACUGCAGCUCCGGAUCGACGGACAUGGACCUGGAGGACCGUUUGGGAAGCAGAGGUCCUACAACCAAUCGGAGCAGGUGAUGACUGUGAACGUCACACACAUUUCAUCACGCAGCCGCAGUGACGAUGCAACAGAAGUCUCGUUCCAGAGCAAGAUGGCAGAGUCGGAGAAACAUCACAGAGGCUGACAGCAAUGAAAUCCGUGUAGACCUGGAGGACUUAUAAGCAACCAGUGAAGGUCAUUAGACCCGAGUUAGAAUCUGUCGGCUCCGCUCUUGCAUGAAUGAGGAAAAGAGUUGCAGGCCUCAGGUCGGACCGGCUCGUGUUGCCGCCACCAUGUUUCUCGGGGGCAACGUCCCAGGAGAGGGAUGCGCGGCCGCCACUUUUGUAGGGGGCAAGGCGCAUCUGCAGGCUUCCUUUGUCAAGAGUUUAGAAGAGGAUUUGCACACAGCAAACUCAAACCGAGAAGAAGAGGGUAUUAAAUGAAACUGAUUUGCAGCCAGGAAACCCAAAAAGAAACACCACGUCAAAUUCCGACAAUGCUAUUCGACUCCUCAGGACUUGGCUAUCAGCCGACCUUGACGGUGUGAGAAGAAAAAGGCUUACCUUUGGGAAAGACUUCAGGUAUGGAUGUGACUAGAAAAACGUGAAGAUAUUUCAAAUCACAGUUAGACCACACCUGGAGAAAGUGUUCGAUCCUGCGCAACCACCUGAGGAAGGGCAGGUUCUCUUGGUAUUACAGGAAGUGCAGAACAGAACCUCAACUCCAGUGGUUAAGUUUGGAUACAAAGUUGCAAAAAGUGAGUCUCAGUCAUUAAGCAGCGACACACGAGCCCUCAACUUCACUCCCCUGACUACUCCUGAUGGAUACAUCAAAAGCAGUAUUUUGUUUUGGGUCAGCAUCCAUUCUGCGAAGUGGUACUCAACACUUCUCUUUACUAAGGCCAAAUCCCCAUAUAUCUUGCAAAGUGCUCUCUCAGUAUCACCUUCAAUAUGAUUUGUGCACAUUAACAGCCAGUGUGAGGCUUCAUGCGUCAGGACAGUGUAUGACUUGGUGGGGAAUUGGAGGUAGUGUUGUCAAUAUUCACCAGCUACCCUAGUCGUUCUAUAUAGUGGAGGUAGAAUGUUUGGGAGAGCCAAUCAGCAUGCUGUUUCAGGUGUAGAUGAAAAAGAUCUUUCUUCUACAUCUUGUGAUUUUCCGCUCUCCUCCCUCUUUCUCCUCACACCUUCCCAAAGGGGCUAGAGUCUUGUGUUUGUCUGUCUGGCAGAUUCCCUUCUCUGAUGGACAUGAAUGAACCAGUUGUUGUGGUUGUGACAGCUCAGUUACUUUCACGAGCAUGUAUUUUUCCUAGUGCUAUUUGCACAAAUUACUAGAUUGAUUCAGCUAAUUUUGAGACCUGUAUGAUUUUGUGGAUUCUCUCACUAUUCCUUUUCUCCCCCAUUUCACAGGUUGUUAAAGGGGGAAAAUUUGCAUUUGGAAAACUUUAAAUUAAAUAUUAAUUCAGAAUCUGAUGGCAGUACCCAAACUGUCACAACCUGAAUUUCAUCAGGUUUGAACAUGGAAAGAGAAAGCACCAUUCAUAAUAGGGAGAAGCCAUACAUCUGUAUGUGUGGAGUAGGAUUCAGCCGAUCAUCUGGCCUACUAAAGCACAAACGCAGUCACAUCAGGGAGAAGGCCUGGAAAUGUGGCAACUGUGGGAAAGGAUUCAAUUACCCAUCUGACCUGGAAAGGCACCAACGUGGUCACACUGGGGAGAAACCAUGGAAAUGCGGAGACUGUGGGAAGGGAUUCAAUUAUCCGUCUCAGGUGGAAAUUCAUCGACGUAGUCAGACUGGGGAAAGACCUUUCACCUGCUCCAAGUGUGGGAAGGAAUACGCCCAGGUAGCCCAUCUGCUGAAACACCAGCUGGCUCACACUAAUGAGAGACCUUUCAAAUGUCCUGAUUGCGAGGCCUGCUUUAAAAGUUCUGAGAAACUGAUAUCCCAUCAAUGUGCUCACACCGACAAGAGGCCAUUCAGAUGUGCUCAUUGUGGGACUGUAUUUAAGCGAUCAUCUCAACUGAUCAUACACCAGCGAAUUCACAUCGGGGAGAGGCCAUUCGCCUGCUCCGUGUGUGGGAAGGGAUUCAUUCAGUCAUUCCAUUUGAUUAAACACCAGCACGUUCACACUGAUGAGAGACCUUAUAAAUGUCCAGACUCUGAGAAAUGCUAUAAAAGUUCCAGGGAACUGAUGAACCAUCAAUGUGUUUACACUGGAGAAAGACCGUUCCGAUGCCCUCACUGUGGGACUGGCUUUAGACAAACAUCUCAACUGACUGUGCACCAGAGAAUUCACACUGGUGAGAAGCUGUUCACUUGCUGUAUAUAUGGGAAGGCAUUUACUCAGUUAUCCACAUUGCUGAGACAUAAGCGAGUUCACAAGUAACUACAGUGAUUGGUAUUUUGCUUUUACUUGUAUUAAUGAACGAUGUUCAUUGGUGUGUGUCUGCUGAUCUUCAAAAACUUCAGACAGUUUAUUGCUGUUGGUAUCCUGCAGAAAAGACAAUUCUGUCUUUUGUUAGAAAGCCUGCAUUUAGUCUAAUUGACAUCUUUUCAACAAAUUAGUUCCUAAGAAGAGAUCUCCCUCUAAAAACCGGUGCAAGAAGCUUAUGGCACUUUGGAUCCACUUAUUCGUUUGUCCUCCCUGCAGGAAGAGGUUCCAGUGUCUUCCAAAACUGCAAAAACACCAGCAAGUUCAGACUGGGGAAACAUCAUUCAAUUGCUUCAUGUGUGGGAAGACACUCUCAAAUUCAUCAGACCUAUUGGGGGUGAGCUGGCAAGAUGGAUACAGGACAGGCUUGGUCAUAGGAGUCAGAGGCUGGCAGUGGAAGGACGCUUUUCGGAAUGGAGGGUUGUAACUAGUGGUUUUCCGCAGGGAUUGGUGCUGGGACCUCUGCUGUUCAUGGUCUGCAUAAAUGAUUUGGAGGAAAAUGUGGUUGGUCUAAUUAGCAAGUUUGCGGACAAUACAAAGAUUGGUGCAGUUGCAGAUAGAGAGGAGGAUUGUCAGAGCAUACAGCAAGAAACAGAUCAGUUGGAAGCAGAAAAAUGGCAGAUGGAGUUUAUUCCUGACAAACGUGAGGUGAUGCAUUUCGGAAGGUCAAGCAUGGGUGGAAAUAACACAGAGAAUGGCAGAAACUUUAAGAGUAUUGAUAUUCAGAGGGAUCUGGAUACACAGGUCCACGGAUCACUGAAGAUGGCUGUGCAGGUAGAUAAGAUAGUUUUUUUUUAAAAAGUGCCUAUUACAUUCUUGCCUUCACUGGAAAGGGUAUGAAGUAUAAGGAAAGGCAAAUUAUGCAGCAGCUUACAGAACUUUAGGCCACACAUGGACUAUUGCCUACAGUUCCGGUCACCACGUGACCAGAAGGAUGUGGAUACUUUGGAGAGGGUACAGAAAAUGUUUACCAGGAUGCUGCCUGGUAUGAGGGAUUUUAGCUAUGAAGAGACGUUGGAUAGACUAGAUUUGCUCUGACUGGACUGCAGGAGGUUGAGGAGUGACCUGAUAGAAGUUUAUAAGAUUGUGAAUGGCAUGGAUAGAGUGGAAAGUAUGAGGCUUUUUCCCAGGGAGGAAGGAUCAAUUACUAGGGGACACAGGCUUAAGA